GUUGGAUUUUUGUUUGGUGUCGUUUGCCGCCAUGGCUGCCUGAGGCUCCGAAGAUGCACCCCUCGCAGCCAUCGCUGGGGGGUCUUGGCGCCAACUCCACGGCCGGGCUCAUCCGCCGCCUGCGGGACAAGGGCCUGGAGGUGCCGCCAGGAGCUUCACCUGCACAUCUACGGGCCCUGCUGGAGGACCAUGAGGCGGAGGACCACAGCUCCCCGCCUCGGCGCUUCCCCAGGCAAGGAUGGCAGCUGGACAACCGACUCGCCACCCAGGCCCACUUGCCCCGCUCGCCUUCCUCUCCCUCCCGGGGGUUGGGUCUUCAGCGCUCCGCCGCGGAGCUGCGGGGCCGCCUCACGGACCUGGGCUACGAGAUCCCCAGCCCUGGGCUCG